ACACUCACACAGCCAUCUCUCCCAGUGUCCCAGCUCAGCUUAGCAAUCCGUCUCUCUAUCUACAGGCGGGGGAAUUAAUAGAUGGAGGGCAAGGAGGAGGACGUUCGCCUGGGCGCCAACCGCUACUCGGAGCGCCAGCCAAUCGGCACGGCGGCGCAGGGCACGGAGGAGAAGGACUACAAGGAGCCUCCGCCGGCGCCGCUGUUCGAGGCGGAGGAGCUGACGUCGUGGUCCUUCUACCGGGCCGGGAUCGCCGAGUUCGUGGCCACCUUCCUGUUCCUGUACAUCAGCAUCCUGACUGUGAUGGGCGUGAGCAAGUCGUCCAGCAAGUGCGCCACCGUGGGCAUCCAGGGCAUCGCGUGGUCCUUCGGCGGCAUGAUCUUCGCGCUGGUGUACUGCACGGCGGGCAUCUCCGGCGGCCACAUCAACCCGGCCGUCACCUUCGGCCUCUUCCUGGCGCGGAAGCUGUCGCUCACGCGCGCGCUCUUCUACAUGGUCAUGCAGUGCCUGGGCGCCAUCUGCGGCGCCGGCGUCGUCAAGGGCUUCCAGGAGGGCCUCUACAUGGGCGCCGGCGGCGGCGCCAACGCCGUCAACCCCGGGUACACCAAGGGCGACGGGCUCGGGGCGGAGAUCGUCGGCACCUUCGUGCUCGUCUACACCGUCUUCUCCGCCACCGACGCCAAGCGCAGCGCCCGCGACUCCCACGUGCCCAUCCUCGCGCCGCUCCCCAUAGGCUUCGCCGUCUUCCUCGUGCACCUGGCGACCAUCCCCAUCACCGGCACCGGCAUCAACCCCGCGCGCAGCCUCGGCGCCGCCAUCGUCUACAACAGGUCCCACGCAUGGAACGACCACUGGAUCUUCUGGGUUGGCCCCUUCAUCGGUGCUGCUCUUGCCGCCAUCUACCACGUGGUCAUCAUCAGGGCCCUCCCCUUCAAGAGCCGUGACUGAUUAUACGUACAUUGUUUAUUACCAACAGCAACCAUGCAGCAUACGAAUCAUCGUUAUUAAGCUAUAUAUGUAUAAUAUCCAGCAUGUCUUGUUAAUUACUAGUAUAUGUGCUAGUAAGUGGUGCGUGCUCGCUCUUCCAUCGCUGUCGUCGUCUCAUCUGCUAUUGUUCGUCAUAUAUAUAUGUCCAUGUGAGCUAGCUAGUGUGUAUCACGCGCGGAGGCCAGUUCAGCUAGCCAUCAGUCUGCAAUGCACUUUGUGACUUCUCUGUUUAGUCCUCUCUCGCUUGGGUUUUGGUACGGUGAAGUAUAUAAACUAAGCAUGCAUAUGUGUAAAAAUUCAAAUUCAAGUGUAUGCAUGCAUGCCAAUAAUGAAAGUUAAGAAGAA